AUGGCGGGCAGAUUCCGUCGCCUGUUCAAAGUGCUCAGGAGGAAAAAAGGCCCUGGAGCUGCCCCAGCACAACAGCCCGAAGAGCUGGAGCAGUUCCAGCCACGGCAGGAUGGGCUGGGCUGCGUUCUCCGGCCUCUCCUGCAGCCCCUCAGCUCUGGCUGCGCUCGCUCUUUGCCAGAUGCAGCCCUGGACCGGACACAAGAGCAGGACCGUGCCCACGGCCGCUUCCGGAGAACAGUGCAGAUGUUCCGGAAGUUCAUGUGCAUUCGGCGUGGAAAGACCAGCACCACAGCAACUGAGGGCACAGCUGAGCCUGACUCUGGGCUGACCGAGCUCCAGGCAGAGCCUGAUGUCAGCACAGAUAUCACUGCACCCUCAGAAGACUCUGACAGUCCAAUGAAUGAUCACACAGCGAAGACUGACAGGGCAGUGACUGAGGACAUGGCCAUCACAAACACUGACACCGGAGAGACUCAGGGCAUCCCAAAUACUGACACUAUGCCCAUUCCCACUGGGAUUCAUGCUCCCAAACUGGAUUUUUUUGAAGAGAGUGCUGCUUCUCCUCAGCAGCAGGUGCCAGCCAUGGUGAGGAACAUUCACCAGAGACUCGGGUCCCAUGUCACUGUGGAUGCCUGGCUGCAAAUUGACAUUCUGAGGCUGGCUGAAGAGCACCCCGCUGAUGUGGUGCUGACCCUCCUGCGCUGUGCCCCAUCGUGUGACAGGUACGGGGCCCAGCUGCCUUGA